AUGGCUCCCUAUGAACUAUUAUACGGAAGGAAAUGUAGGACUCCCAUAUAUUGGGGCGAAGUUGGACAAAGAGAACUUGUGCCUAAUGAUAUGAUAGCGUUGACUAACGAAAAGAUCGAUCUUAUUAGAGUUCGACUGAAGGCGACUCAAGAUCGGCAAAAGGCUUAUGCGGACAAGAGAAGACGUCCUAUUGAGUUUCAAGUUGGAGAGUUUGUUCUACUGAAGGUAUCUCCAUGGAAGGGCAUAAUCCGUUUUCGUAAACGGGGUAAAUUGGGUCCCCGUUAUAUUGGACCGUUUAAAAUUUUGGCUCGAGUCGGGAAGGUUGCAUACCGUCUAGAGUUGUCGUCUACACUAGACGGGAUUCACAAUACCUUCCACUUGUCGCAAUUAAGGAAGUGCCUUGCAGAUGAAAUGGCGUUUGUGCCUCUUAACGACAUUGAAUUGGAUGAGGGGUUAAAUUAUUUCGAAAGACCGAUAGCCAUUAAAGAUGUUAAAGUAAAGAAUCUUUGA